AUGAUACCGCGUCGAUGGAAGCGAUCGGCGGAGGAGCAAGACGACGAACAAGCAGACUUGGCGGCAAUCGGAGGAGCCAAGCGAGCGAGGCACGACGCUGAUGACGAGUGCAAUCCGAGCGAUGGUGCGCACUACGACUCGGCACCGGUCAUCGACGAGCAGAUCCAGCAGCUGAUGGCAGCAGGAGCAGCACAGUACGACGACGACGCCACCUCCGUUGUUGGUGGAUUUGGCAUUGGAUUCGAAAUCGCGAGCGUCGCCGCUGGGCUAGAACAUGAAGCACAUGCUGGAGCACACGCUCAAGCACAGAUCCAAGCAGAAGCAGUGCAUGCAGCGCACCAGGCGGACUGGACUGGCGCUGGUGCAGCAGCCACUGACGCGGAUUGGCAGCCGUCUGGAUCAGAGUGUUUCAGCACCAGUAACCAUGGUCCAAGCGAUCAAGAUCAAGACCACCACCACCACCACCACCUGACAGGCGUGGAUCAUACAACUGCUGCUGCAGAGACACAAGCAGGAUGUGUCGACAGCUCAAUGGCUCAAGCGGAUGACAGCUCGCGAUUGAAACCAUCGUACGAAGACAUGCUCAUGUUCCAUCACUUUGCGGUCAACCAUCUACUGCCAUGUCCUGAGUGUGGAUCGCCGCAUAACAUUGAUCACCAUUGAGACUGGAAGAUUGUUUUGUCUUGCUUUGUGCUCGUUGUCAUUCGCAUCAAAACUCAUAAAAACAAGAAAAAUAGGUCGUCC